AUGUGCCAACAACAAGCUGGAAAAGGAUCGAUUUUUGUGUCUGGAACUGAUGGAGACAAGGGCGUUGCUAUUGUCCAGCAAUUAUUGCAAUUACCUGCUCAACACAAGCAUCUGUGUGCUCAACAUGUCUACGCUGGUUUGCCCGAUGACACCACUCCUAGAGCCAAAUCUCUUCAUGGCCUAGGUGCUCAAGUUGUCGCAUUCGAUAUCUUCAACGAUCAUCAAGCUGCCGUCAAGGCUCUCACUGGAAUCACGAAGCUCUGCUUGCUGAUUGAUCCAUUGAGCGAAAGAAUGCAACGUUCCAAUGCCUACUUGUACGGCAAAGCCUUUAUUGAUGCUGCAAAAGAAGCUCAUGUAGAACAUGUUAUCUUUCUAACCCCCUUCACACCGCUGGAUUCAAUCAGUCCACCUGCAUCUCCAAGCUGUGAACAACUUCCCUCUGCUACUACCACACCUAUUAUAUACGGCUCCUAUCGUUCUCAAUUUAUGCUUAUUGAGUCAUACUUGCACUCACAAUUUGAUAACAACGGCAUUACUAUUUUGAGAUAUCCCGGUGUCCUUCACCAGCAUUUACUGGUGUUCAGUAAAUACAUUGCUCAACACAAUGCUUUCCCCCUACCUGAUCAGCAUUUGGAAAUCACGGUCGAAUCCUGUAAUAUGUUUGAUAUUGCUCGCGCAACUGCUUGUGUUGCUCAUUCGCCUACGCUGCGUCACAGCAGAAAUGCUUACAAGAUCUCAUCCAGCUUAUUAACUUUGGAAGAAGUGGGUCAACGUGUUCUUUCUGGCUUGCAAAGAGAAAACACCAUCAAUCGUAUGGACAGUGCCACAUUACAGCAAAUCAUCUGCGACAGCAUUGGAAAUGAAGACCAAGCCAUUUUCUUGAUGGAAAUGUGGGGACUUCAGCAGAAGCUGAGUGGUCGACGUCUGGAAAUUACUAGAGACUUGGAAGCACUUACGGGACAAAGCGGGAAAUCAUUGAACGAGUACUUUGAAGAAGAUGAAGUGCGUGAUGCCUUCUUAUCAAGCCAUAAGAACGGUGAAAUGUCUCUAUCUAAAGUAGCAUAG